UUGGAAGAGGAGGAGGAGGAGGAGGGUCUUGUGGGUCCGGGAAGGAGCCGAGGGAGUGGGUCUGCCUGUCUACCUGGCAUUGUAGCGGCCGAGGAGGAUGCCUUGGAGGCAGGAGGAGAGCUUGGACAUGAUACUUUUUGGACUGUAACUCCGCUGUCAGAAUCUUCCAGUCACUCGCUAGGCUGGCUGAGGAAUUCAGGAAGUCCAAAAAGUAACUUCCAACUGUAUGAUAUGGAUGAGAUGGAAGAAUUUCUAUAGCUGAAUCUAAUUUGGUUGUAAAGAUCGAGCAGAUGACCUGAUGUCCAGUAGGAAGAAUCUUUCCUAUGAGAGUACUUGGACAGAUUCCAGUAAAGUGAUGGAAGAGUACAACCAUAUGCAAAGCCAGGUGGAAAUACAAAAUACUAGUUUGGGAAAGGAAAUAAUGAUGAAUUCUCUUGAAAAUGAUCUUCAAGACAUAAUGGACAGGCUCAACCAGAAAAAAUAUUCGUCUAGUCUGAAAUUAAAAACAAAUGCUGACUACUCUGGUUCUUACUUAACCCUCUCACAGCCCCUGUCACCACCAAAGUCUAGCCCUGCAUCCAGUGUUAAAAGCAUGCCGUCUGUUACCAGAAUUCAAGGAAGCAAACCGCUAGUUUGUGAGAGCUCUUAUCUUUCAGACAGGAAUGUUUCUGCAAAGCAUAUGGGCUCCCUUUCAGGCACGUCUCCAUCCUUCAGUGAGCACAGCCUCAGGAAGAGAGACUUUGAUAUUUAUCAAAGAGAAAAUGAGAAACAGUUUGGACGUCUGGAUAAGUUUCCCUAUUCAAAGUAUAGUCAGAAGAAUAAAUCUCAUGAUAACGUCUACUUCCCAGGAGUGCUAGAUGGGCGGAAAAACUCUGGCUCUCUUCUUGCAAUGUGGAAUGGAAGCUCAGGGAAUGAGAUCAUUCUUUCACCACUUAAUGGCUCUGGAGCUGCAAGUAUGCCCUCCAGCCCUAAGCAAGGCCGGAGGAUGAAUAUUCAGGACCUUCUGUCACUUCAGUCCAGGGUAGCAAAACAGAAAGACCCAGCAGUGGAAACUUUGGGGUCCAGAACCAGGAAGUACUCUGGUGGUUCUCUGAGCCAUAUGGGAGUUUAUAGCCGUUCCUUACCCAGGCUUUACAAAUCUACAGAAAGCCAGCUCAUGCCACUGAGUUUGCCCCCAAGAAGCUCGCUCGGGAAUUCCAGAAGAAAAAAGGCAGUGGAAAAAGAUCAUCUACCUCAAAGCAUGCUGGAUGCUGACAAUUACCUUAAUUUUUCUUCUCACACCUCAGGGGUUUCUCCAUAUACAAACUUUGCAUCUGAAAGCAAUUCCUACGUGAACUCCACUCUCAGUGUUCCCGCGAGCCCUCGCAUGGCUCGGAAGAUGCUUCUGGCAUCUUCUUCUUCAUACACCUCUGAUGACUUUGACAGAGUUGGACUCUCAGGGACCAGCCCAAGUAAUUCUUUUAUUCCUGUGGAUUCAGAGAGGGCAUUCUCUUUUCAGAGGAAAGUUUCAAGCAGUUCUAUGGAGUUUGAUGAAACAGAAUUGGAUAGCUUCAGGCAGACGCCUUCCAUAAGAGAGAGAAAGAAUAGCAUUAGUUCCAUCUCCGGUAGGGAUGACUUAAUGGACUACCACAGGAGACAGAGAGAAGAAAGGCUUAAAGAGCAAGAGAUGGAGCGACUGGAGCGCCAACGACUGGAGACAAUCCUCAACCUAUGUGCAGAAUAUUCCAAGCCUGACAGUGAUCCUGUUACCAUCACAACUGUAGCUGAUGUUCAAAAAAUCAAUAAAGAACUUGAAAAGCUUCAGCUGUCUGAUGAAGAUUCUGUAUUUGAAGAUUCUCAGAUGACUCCAGAAACAAGAUUAAGAAGGCACGUGCAGCCACCUACUGGAGAUUCUGAUUUCUCUGACUUCAACGAUCUUGGUCAGAAUUCUCUGGGAAUCUUUUCUUCUGGAGGGACCAGAACAAAUAAAUAUAUAAAUGACAACCGGACAAUUUCACCUUCACCUGCUUCUGCCUUCAUGAAGAGCGUCAAUGAUUCUUCUUACCUAAGCAUCAUGUCAAAGACUCCAGAUUGCAUGGCUGAUGAACAAAGAGCGGUGCAGCUUAAUCAAAUGGAAGAACAGCGCCUUGUAAUACUAAAUAAUUUGGAAGAACUUGAACAAAAAAUCAAGGAUUUAAAUGAUCAGAUGGAUGAGUCCUCCAGAGAGAUGGACAUGGAAUGUGCUCUGUUGGAUGGAGAGCAGAAAUCUGAAACAGCUGAACUUCUCAAGGAGAAGGAAAUACAAGAUCAUUUAAACAGGAAGAUAGCAGAGCUGGAACGAAAUGUUAUUGGCGAAAAAACUAAGGAAAAAAUAAAGCUUGAUGCUGAGAGGGAAAAACUAGAAAAGCUUCAGGAGCUUUAUUCCGAGCAGAAGACCCAGCUUGAUAAUUGCCCCGAGUCCAUGAGGGAACAAUUACAGCAACAGCUAAACAGGGAUGCAGACCUGUUGGAAAUAGAAAGUAAACAUUUUGAAGAUCUGGAAUUUCAGCAGCUGGAAAAUGAGAGCAGGCUAGAUGAAGACAAAGAGAACUUAACCCAGCAGCUCCUGCGUGAAGUGGCUGAGUAUCAGCGCAAUAUUGUCAGUAGAAAGGAGAAGAUUUCUGCUCUCAAAAAGCAAGCCAAUCAUAUUGUCCAGCAAGCUCAAAGAGAGCAAGAUCAUUUUGUCAAAGAAAAGAAUAACCUGUUGAUGAUGUUGCAGAGAGAGAAGGAAAAUCUUUGCAAUUUAGAAAAGAAAUACUCUUCACUAUCAGGAGGAAAAGGAUUUCCUGUAAACCCAAAUAGUCUAAAAGAGGAUUAUUUGAGUGUAAAUGACAUUAGUGAGCCGUAUGGCAAUUCCACGAACAUAUCCCCUUCCACUCAGCCCCCCACUGCUGCUGAAGCUGUUCCCACUGAACCUUCCACAGUUGGCCUGAUGAGCCAGCCACAAAACAAAGAGCUAAAGGCACCUCUCUGUCCUGGAUUUGUGUUUCCUCACCCCCUUUCUUCUCGUCCUCUUGCACAACUUUCACCAGCCCAAUGGCCUGAGGUCAGGGCUGCAAACGUAGAGCCUUGUCCUUUACCUGACACACCGCCUCCUCUUCCAGCUAAGAAGCACAGGAGGCAAUCACAGCAUUUCCGAAAUCUGGAAGAGAGGAGAAAGCAACACAAAGAAGGCCCAUAUAUGAGUGAUACUUUGCCACGCAAGAAAACAGCUCCUUCUGUAUCGCCACAUUUCAGUAGUUCGACUCUCGGACGAAGUGUUAAGGGUCACCUCCCACUUGGACAAAGCAAUAGCUGUGGCAGUGUGCUACCUCACUGCUUGGGAUCUAUGGCCAAAGAGUCCGAAUCAAGAAGAACAUAUAAAGGAACAAUUAAUCAUUCCAAAAGUCCAAGUAAUAAAGGUUAUAACCAGCAACACAUAUGUGAAAAUCAAAACCAGAAAUCUCCUGAAUUCUACAGCAGAACAGCCUCUGAAUCAAAUGUAUACCUGAACACGUUCCAUUAUUCUGAUCAUAGUUUCAAGGACCAUGCCUUUGACACUCUGAGCUUAGACAGUUCUGACAGCAUGGAAACCAGCAUAUCUGCCUGUUCUCCAGAUAAUAUUUCCAGUGCAAGUACAUCAAAUGUUGCAAGACUAGAAGAGAUGGAAAGACUUCUAAAACAAGCUCAAGCUGAAAAGAAUCGACUGCUUGAAUCCAGGGAACGAGAAAUGGAAGCUAAAAAAAGAGCCCUAGAAGACGAAAAGCGUCGCAGAGAGCAGCUUGAGAAAAGACUGCAAGAAGAAACUAGCCAGCGACAAAAGCUCAUUGAAAAAGAAGUUAAGAUCCGUGAAAAACAACGAAAUCAGUCUCGGCCUUUGACUCGUUACUUGCCAGUCAGAAAGGAGGAUUUUGAUCUACGAAGCCAUAUAGAGACAGCUGGCCACAACAUAGAGACCUGUUACCAUGUUUCACUUACUGAGAAGACCUGCCGAGGGUUUCUUAUUAAGAUGGGAGGCAAAAUCAAAACAUGGAAAAAACGAUGGUUUGUGUUUGACAGAAACAAGAGAACAUUUUCUUAUUAUGCAGACAAACAUGAAACUAAAUUAAAAGGAGUAAUUUAUUUUCAAGCAAUUGAAGAAGUCUAUUACGACCAUCUAAAGAAUGCUUAUAAGAGUCCUAAUCCACUGCUUACCUUCAGCGUUAAGACUCAUGACAGAAUAUAUUACAUGGUAGCCCCAACACCAGAAGCUAUGCGGAUAUGGAUGGACGUAAUCGUGACCGGAGCAGAAGGCUAUACCCACUUCAUGUUAUAGAAAACGGUGCAAAAGUCCAUUGGCAGGCCGUAAUGCAAUAACAGCCUCAAAUCUGGGGAUGCAAGCCAUAUUCUGACACAUUUGAUGAGCAUCACAAAAUAGCAAGAACGCACAGACUACCUACCUUUAUGCUCCAAAAUGAAACCCAUGCUGUGUAAGGUGGAAUUAAUUCUUAGAUAUGUUAAUCACUGUCAUAGCAGAAGAAAAGAAAAGCUGCUUAAAAGAUUGUGGUGCUCCAAAAUGGAUAAUCAGAUUGCCAUAAGCCUGUCCCAACAGAUUCUAUGGCAUUUCCUGCAGAUUUUAUCACACAGAACUUUCUUAAUAAAAACAAACUUCUUUGUUUUAACCUUGUUGGUAUAUUUCCAGUAUUCCAAAAUUAAAAAGGAAAAGGGAAAGUUAUGAUGGUUAAUUUUUAAUGUAUGGGAUUUCUAUACGAUUUUAAUUUUAUACGUAUUUUAUAACACAUUUUAAACUACAACGUGUGGUCUUUCUGUUUUAAUUUACUAGAUCGCCAAAGAUUCAUACUGUCACAAUAAGAUUUUGCAUCUGCACAAUGAGGGUUUUUAAAUCUUUCAUCCAUAGCAAUGAAGUUUCAAAGCAUUGUUACCAUUAACUUUAUUUUGCAAAUACUGGACAGAGGCUAUGAGUAUGCUUCAGAUAUUCAUGUGAAAGAACUUCCACAACAAUGGAAGUUUUCAAAGAAGAAACCUGAUUUUUAUGGUCCUUAUUUUGUAAUUAUUUCUUUUUGUUGGUUAAUUUCUUCAAAAAUGAAAACCACCUGCUUUAUCCACAGCAUUAUUCCUUGAUUUCUAGCAGAUACUAGAAUAUCUAUGUAAGACAUACACAAUAGGGUAGAAAUGCGGGAAGGAAAUGCCACAAAGUCCCAUGGAAGCUCUUCACAAACUCAAUUCUUCCCCGUCAAGACUAUGGCUGGUUCUACACUGCCAUGUAAUGCAAUUUGAACUGCACUGCACUGCAUUAUGAUUCUACACUGACUAUAUUAUGUACUUUAAUCAACCUCAGUAAGAUUUUAAUGAAACUGAAUGCUCUUGCCAUGGGUUGAUUUAGGCCCCACCUUACACUGCCAUAUAAUGCAACUUGAAACUGCAUUAUAUGGUCAAUAUAGACUCAUGUAGAGCAGUUUAACAUAACUGCAUUAUACGAGUUUAUACCAGGCAUGGGCAAACUUCAGCCCUCCAGGUAUUUUGGACUUCAACUCCCACAAUUCCCAACAGCCAGUAGGCCUGGAGGGCCAAAGUUUGCCCAUGCCUGGUCUAAAGUAUGCCAGUUUGGACUGACCAUAUAUUACAGUGUCAAAUUGUAUUAUAUGGCAGCGUAGAUGGUGCCUUAGAAACAAGACAUUGGGAGACUUUCCUUAGGAUCAGAUAACACUAGUCAUCAAGGAAAGUCCUUAGUUCUAUCCAGAAUUGCUCAUGAAUUUGAUGAUGGAUGGAGUAGGGUCAUUUCCCUUUCCUCCAGUGGAAGUAGCUGCAGUUUGGUAGAUUCGACUGAACAGGAGCUUGUAAACAAAGCAGCAUCAACAGCUAACUCACUUGCCUACUCUUAUCAGAGUUGUGUUUCUCAUUCCACAUUCAAAGGUGCCUUCACAGAAGUUUUCAUAUUCUCAAAUCAUCCAAUGAAUUGAUGCCUUACUUUGCUCUGAACAAAUAGGGUACUUCUCAGAUGUAUUAUUUACAGAAGCUUUCUUCUGUAAUAAAUCUUCCAGCAUGGACCCUCAACUUUUGCAGCAGUUAAGGGCAAAAGACUCCCACAAAAGACGGGAAACCGCCAAAAAAUGUGUUCGUUUAAAAAAAAAACUGAGAGAACACUUCUCCAGUAAUAUCUGGUUCUUCAAGAACAGCUCUGUGGACACCUUCAGCCAGAGAUUGACCAUGAUCUGAACAUAAUCAAAUCUACAAAAGUUAAACCUGCAAAUGAGGUCUGAUUGGAAAAUAAAUAUCUUAUUUUCCCCCAGUUAAAUAAAGUACAUAUUACUUUAUAUUUCACUGGUUAUCAAAUAAAUGAUGCAAGCGAUAGAGGAAGGUCACCUCUUUUGCAUAUAAAAGGUCUCAAGUUCAAGCCUAGGCAUAUUGUUUUUUACAAAUAGAUUUUAUUAGGCUUAAAAUCCUCAUGUCAGAAUAGACAGUACUGGACAGAAAGGAAUAAAAAAAUAACCUGACAACAGUGAGAAGCAACUUUUUUUUCAGAUCCAGUGGAUCAGUUCCAAUUUGAUGGUCUGAGGGUGGCAACCCACCAACAGUCCAGAAGGUUUGAUGUUUUCAUGUAAUGGAUUGCCAUACCUCUAUUGUAAUGAUUAUAUAUUUCUUAAGAGAUUUUUUCAAUUUAAAAUGCAUCUGUAGUCCUUGGAUAUUGUAUUCAGACGACUGAUUGAAUUUUGAACUUCAGGUCUGUGUUUGACAGCCUCUUUUAACAAUUGGAUUUUGUGCCAUAUGUUUUUUCAAUGCAAUAAACUAAAAUGUUUCUGUUUCUAAAAUAUAUAAAUAUUAAAUCACAUUUUCUGAAAUGGCUGUAAUCCUAAAGUAUAUUCUGUGUGAAGAGAGCUGGAUUUUUUUAAUGUCACAGUGUGGCAGUAGUGUAGUUGUAAGAGUUCACAGUCCUAAAUGUAUUUACUUGAAUGUGACUCUAAUAAAAAUACUUCUAAGUGUGAUUAUGAUCUGAAUUUAAAAGGUAUAUUCACUUAAAAUCAGUAAACUACUUUAUAGUAAAUGAUUUUAAGAAUAUGUAACAAAAUCUGGGAAAUGAAGUUUGAUUGAGCCAAUUAAAACUUGCCGCUGAUCUGUAAUGAAUGAAAUCUGGCUGAAGAUGAAACAAGGCAGAGAUAAUGGAUUGGAUCUAUGACCUUGCGUAACUUAACGCCCCAUUGACUUCAGUGGGUUUUUUUGAUCUGUGACUACACCUGGAUCUCACUGACUGUAAAAGAACUAAUUUGCUUUAGAAGUUUGAUUGUAUUUGCAGUGUCUGAAAAAAAAAUGCAAAUCAUAAAUUAGUUUGGUUUACAUACUUUCUAUCAUGUAUUUUGAAUAUCUGUACAAUUUUACAGGUUUUCUAUUUGUUUUGUAUCUUGCAUGUUAUAAUAAAAUUUAAACAAAUGUUCAAUAGUA